AUGUGUUUUUUCGCCGGGAACGCCAAGCGCAAAAGUGCGUUCCGCUGGAUAGCCAGGUGCCAGUCAACAGCCGCGAGGGCGGCCAAUACGCGGACGCUCGUGCUGCGGAUUCCUGAGCCCGAGCCCGGGAAGGAGCCCUUGCCAGGCACGCCAGACGAGCUGGCCGCCGGUGGCGCGGACAGCGGCCCGCACCAGGAGACGUGGGACGCCGUGGACUGGUUUCUGGGCGACGCGCAUGCUGUCGAGCCGGCGCCGGUCCUCUACGACUCCAAGGUGGUGCUGCCGAGCAGCAAGCAGGACCAGCUCAUGGCGAAACUGGCCGGCAAGUACGACGCGCAGUACCUGCCGCGCGACCAUUUUGCGCCAGGCACGCCGCUGCAGCAGCUGGAGUCGCUCAGCGCGGGCAAACCGGGUCAGAUCCGGCUGUCGGUGACAAAAAUACUUACCGGAGCGUACUGCGAGCUACAGAGAAUGUACCAGCUGUACAUGGGGGUGACGGAGGUGCCGCAGACGCGGGAGAUGCUGCGUGGGUCGCAGGAGCACGAGCAGAUUGAAUUAAAGACGCACCCGGUGGUGGAAGUGCGAGUCAACAACGAGAAGGUCAGGGUCGACCGGACGGUGCGGCUGAAGCCGUCUGUCGAGGCGGACGUCCCCGUGACGACGCCGUUGCCGGACGAGCUGGCGCAAAUAUAUGGGCUCUUUGUGGACGAGGGCUUUGAGAAGUCGAUCGCGCACCAGUGGUCGCGCAACGUGUUGCGGCUUGCGCAGCUGGUGGCAUUUGGCUCUGCGCGCGAGAUCCUCGUCCACGCGUACUACGACCAGCGGCAGCAGCAGCUUUACGUGGGGGGUGACCCGAGACUCGGAGAACAGGACAGUGUCCGGCCGGACCUGGUGCUCAUCAGCGGAGUCAUCGACCUGCUCUCUCUAGCAGGCGACGAAAAGGCAUUUUCGCUGUACCAGCGCGAGCUCGAGACGCAGCUAGACAACCCGCUCGAUCUCGCGCAGCUCGUGGCCGCGGUAGACUCCACGGCGGCCUCGUGGACCGACGUUCUCGAGCUGCACGUUGCCGACCUGAAAACCAGGUCCUACAGAAAACUGCCCCCGCCCGCCACACAGCAGCUCAAUUUCGUCCAGGUGGCCAUGUACGCGCGGUUCCUCGAGCUGCUGGCGCAGGACCCGGUCGAGACGUACCAGAUGCUGCUGCUAAAUUUACGCAAACGGAACAUCGACCCAGCCACGGUGCUGGACCCGUCGCUGGUGGUAUAUUUGCUGCUGAACAACAACUAUUUAAUUGCAGAUCUGCUUCGGCUGCAGCAGGGCCAGGACAUCGGGUUUGCACCGUUCGACGCUGCGGCAGCCACCAGACCGGCGCAAAGCUACACCUUGUCCUGUUUAGAGCCAGUAUUCCAUAGCAGCACGGCCGAUCCACGCCUGGAAACGCUGCAGCAAAAUGUGCCUUCGCAGCUGGCACUCGAACAGUGGGCGCGCGUGCCCACGUUCGAGCUGAUGGCCGCGCGGACGGCGCAGCUUCUCGGGACGCUGCGGCAGUUCAAAAUCGCUCAAACGGCCGUUGACUACUCGCACCAGGGCGCGGUAUUUUCCAGCACCGCCCGACCGUACAACAGGGAGUUUGCCGACCACUCGAUCGCGACGGGCAUGGACCUCUGGCUCGCGAAAAGACCGCCGCUCGGGCCCGCGUACAAGGGUCUGUGCCAGACCUGCGAGUUUGCCCCGCGGUGCGGCUAUCUCCACGCGCUAUCGUGA